AUGGUGCUAAAUCAAACACAUAACAAGUCAUUAUCAGAUGACAAUGAAAUUCCAAGACCAGUUAUUCCUAUUGGACCUCGUUUUCAAGCUGAAGUUCCUAAAUGGGAAGGAACAACAAAUGUAAAUAAUGAUGAUGAUUCAAAGUGGUCAGGUGUUCAAGUUUGGCCAAUGCCUAAUAUUAGUGAAAACUCCAUAGAAGGUACUGGGAAAGGUAGGCUUGGAGGAUCAAUUGAAUGUGUUAAACUACACAUUAGGGAAGCAAGAGAACUUUUGAAAUUGGAGAUUGGUGCAACAUUUUCAAGUUGGAAGUUUGAUGAGAUGGGAGAAGAAUUUUCACAGUCAUGGACAUUAGAAGAGGAUAAGAAAUUUGAAUCUAUGAUGAAAUUAAAUACAUCUUCAAAGACUAGAAAUUUUUGGAAGCUUGCCCUGAAACAUUUUCCAUCUAAAUCAUUGAAAUGCAUGGUAAAUUUCUAUCAUAAUGUAUACAUCCCAAGAUGUUUAAGCAUGAAGACUAGAUCUUUGCUUGAAGUUGACAGAGACAAUGAUCAUGAUGAUAACUUCAGUAAAAAUAUUCAUUGA